AUGUAUCCGCUUUCUUUCAAGAUGUCUGUGGGUUGUGGAUCUUUCUUGAUGUGGAUAAUAAUACUGCAAGCUCAUUUCUCAUUUUCAGCAGCAUGUAUAAAACAUGAGAGAAAAUUCUUGCUGGAUUUUAAGGCUGGUCUUGAUCUUUCUUCAGGUCGGUUAUCCUCUUGGCGCGGAUUGAACUGUUGCGAGUGGGAGGGUGUUGCUUGUGAUUAUCAUACAUCCCAUGUCAUUCGCCUUAAUUUAAAUAAUGAUUGGUACCACCACUGGUUGAGUGGGGAGCUUCAUCCAUCUUUGUUUAAUCUGCGCCAUCUACAACACUUGGAUCUCACACGGAUUGACUUUAAAGAUAACACCAUUGUGGGAAAUCUACCUUCGUGGCUGUGGGAUCUUCCUAAUCUUAUCUUUGUCAAUCUUUCAAAUAACAUGCUGGAAGGUUCUCUACCUCGGAAGAUAUCUCAUACUUUCAGGACAGUGGACUUGCAUGGAAAUGGAUUAUAUGGCUCUCUUCCUGCUCUUGAUUUUUUUUCAUACUUUCUAGAUCUGUCAGAUAAUGAAUUCACCGGCUCCAUUCCUGAAACAAAUGAUGCAUUGGAGAUUUUGAACUUCUCUAAUAACAAGCUAACAGGUAUGAUUCCUAGAAGCAUUGGGAGCUGUUCCAGUUUAUCAGUUUUAAAUUUAGCUCAAAAUGUUUUGCAAAGGGAGAUUCCAGGGGAGCUGGGAAAUCUAAAAGCUCUUCGAACACUAAAUCUCAAUGACAAUAGUUUGCAAGGUAGAGUUCCUUCAUCCAUUGCCAAGUGCAUUAAACUCCGAGUUCUUGACUUAGGAAAUAACAAUUUUGAGGGUAGCCUUCCUAUUUGGAUUGAAAAGAUGGUAGAUUUGCGAAUUCUCAGUUUAGCUUCUAAUAAGUUCAAAGGGGAGGGCCCGUCCUCCCUGGAACCUGACCCCCCCCUUGCUAACCUGCAACUAUGUCCAGAUCUGUCUCUCAUGUUGCACUCCCAGAGUGCUGGGUGGGCUCCCUUGGCGGGUGUCGUUGACACUUGUAAUGCGGUGUUGCACGAGGCUCCCUCCCAUUUGAAGAUUCCACAUGAGACCUCCAACUUGGAUUCUCUUAACAAGGAUCCCAAGACUGAUGUUGUGGGGCCUUUGCCUGGGGAAGCUCAAGCGAGUACUUGGAAAGGUGCCCUUGUUGGGAUUACUAAGUCAAGGUCACCGACUUUGCUACCAAAGGUAACUGUUGGUGAGGAUGGUCUCGAGAUUUGCCUCCCCGACAGUAUUAUGGAUAAUAUCGCCUCCUCCCUACACCUCUAA